AUGGCUAACCACUUAACAGUUGUCAAUGAUGGCACUGUCGAAACAGCAAAUAAUAUUUGGAACUCGUCCUCUUCUCCUGCUAAAAUAGAUUACGAGGAAGGACUAACUUUGAAAGCACCGAAAUGUCCUUUCUGCAGACCGUGUAUCAAAGUGACGAGGCAGUUCGUAGAACAGGACGAACCCGGGAUGGCGCUUACGGAGGCCAUCCUCAAACUUGUAGGAAGAGAAGGUCCAGUUAGAAAAUUCUUGACUCGGAUUCUCGGGAACUCUGGAACACUUGUGUUAGGCUGCUCACAGAGACCCCUUUACAAAUGGAGCAUAGUAUCUUGCGUUUACACCAGUCGCUGCUUCAUGGAGUAA